CUUCAUAAUUCCUGAGCUGGCCACCAACCAAGUGGGCUGGACCAAGUUACUUUUUACAAGAUAAGAGGUACUAGUAUAUAAAGGCAAGUCGUCUCUGGCUUUCCACAGCUUCUUCCAGUACAUGAUGAGAAAUACGAGGGCAAUGGUACAAGCUGGGUCCAGUGUCCUAGGCUGGGUGACCUGUCUGCUCCUGGCAUUUCCUGCCACAGUCACUGGACCCAAAGUCAUUCCGCCUGAAGUGGAUACCCUGCUGGGUCGCGUGCGAGGCCGGCAGGUGGGUGUGAAGGGUACAGACCGCAUGGUGAACGUCUUCCUGGGCGUUCCCUUCGCUCAGGCACCACUGGGACCUCUUCGCUUCUCAGCCCCACUCCCACCACAGCCCUGGGAAGGUGUGAGGGACGCCACCACCAAUCCCCCAAUGUGCCUGCAGGAUGGAGAGAGGAUGAGCAACAGCAGAUUCACCCUCAACGAAAAGUUUCAGAUCUUCUCUGUUUCUGAGGACUGCCUGAUCCUCAACGUCUAUAGCCCUGCUGAUAUCACAGCAGGGGCCAGAAAGCCGGUUAUGGUAUGGAUCCAUGGGGGCUCUCUGAUGGUUGGUGCCGCCACCUCCCAGGAUGGAUCAGCCCUGGCUGCCUAUGGGGAUGUGGUAGUGGUCACUGUCCAGUACCGCCUUGGGAUCUUUGGCUUCCUCAGCACCGGUGACAAGCACAUGCCGGGGAACCAGGGCCUCCUAGAUGUGGUGGCAGCCCUACACUGGGUGCAGGGGAACAUAGCUCCCUUUGGAGGUGAUCCCAACUGUGUCACUAUCUUCGGUAACUCGGUUGGUGGCAUGAUCGUCUCGUUCCUGGUCCUAUCUCCCGUGUCCGCGGGGCUCUUCCACAGAGCCAUAUCUCAGAGUGGGGUUGUCACCAACAUGAUGAAGGAGAUGGAUCCAGGGCCUGUAGCUCAGAGCUUUGCCAACUCCAUGGCCUGCAGCUCCGUAUCCUCGGCUGAGCUGGUGCAAUGCCUGCUGCGGAAGGAAGGAAAGGAACUAAUCAAGCAGAAAAACGUGCGUAUCUCCUAUGUCAUCAAUGACUCCUUCUUCCCGCAAAGCCCGGAGACGCUCCUAACAGAAAAACAGUUCCCCACUGUGCCCUACCUCCUGGGAGUCAACAAUCAUGAAUUUGGCUGGCUUAUGUUCAAGGUCUGGGGAAUCUUGGAUAAGUUGGAGCAUUUGAGCAAGGAGGACCUCCUGGAGACUUCAAGGCCCUUCUUGGCCAUUCUGGACGUGCCCCAUGAGGUUAUGUCCACCAUCAUAGAUGAAUACCUAGGUAAUGCCUCAGAUGCAGCAGCUACAAGGUAUGCCUUCCAGGAGUUGCUGGGUGAUAUCAUGUUCGUCAUUCCUACCUUGAACUUCUCAAGGCACCUCCAAGGUGCUGGGUGCCCUGUUUUCUUGUACGAGUUCCAGCAUACUCCCAGUUCAUUUGCGAAGUUCAAGCCAGCCUGGGUGAAGGCUGACCAUGGGUCCGAGAGUGCCUUUGUUUUUGGAGGUCCUUUCCUCACAGAUGAGAGCUCCCUCCUGGCCUUCCCGGAAGCCACAGAGGAAGAGAAGCAGCUGAGCCUGACCAUGAUGGCCCAGUGGACCCAGUUUGCAUACACAGGGAACCCCAAUGCCAAGGGCCUGCCUCCUUGGCCCCAAUUAAACCAGUUAGAACAAUACUUGGAGAUUGGCGUAGAACCACAGACUGGGGUGAAGCUAAAGAAGGAACGGCUGCAGUUCUGGACAGAGACACUGCCCGGAAAAAUCCAAAAGUGGCAACAACAUCAGAAGAGCAGGAAAGCUUCAGAAGAACUCUGAGGUCCAGGCCUACCUGGACCUUCCUGACUGGGGCCAAUGCAAAGAGUGAUGGAGUCCCAGGAAGACAGCUUCUUGCUGUUUCUUCUCAGAGACUUCCACUUGGACCAGGCUGAUGUGAGCUCGUGUUUUUUAAAAGCAUCAGACACCGCAAGACUGGUAUGGUGCGCUACUGAAAUGUUUCCGUCCUGGUUUCUACUUCUGGACCCUUGCACAAGCCUCUGCUUCUUCCUGAAGUGCCUUGAUUCCUUGCUAUAUGGAAAGGUCC